UGACUCCCGGGGCCGCCACCCCCGUACCGCCAGCCCUGAGGGCCCUCAGCAGCCUGCACUUGUCAACCAGCUUCAAAUCUCGCCCCGUUGUUGCCAUGAAGUACUCAAUUCACUACAUCCAACAGAAGGUGGAUUGGAGAAGAAAGAAGAAUCAUAGGUCUUAGUUGCAACAAGCAAGAUCUUCAUUGUGGCAUGCAGGAUCUUUAGUUCCAGCACGUGGACUUCUUAGUAGCAUGCAGAAUCUAGUUUCCCGACCAGAGAUCGAACCUGGGCCCCCUACAUUGAGAGUGCAGAGUCUUACCCACUGGAACACCAGGGAAGUCCCUCAUCCUCAUUUUUGGAUAUGAAACUACCGAGGUUCAAAAAGAUCAAAGAAGGAACUUGUAAAUCUCCUGGUUUUUCACUAUAAAUAUAUCAUUGUUGAUCAUUUUGGAUUUCAUACUGAUAAAACUUUUAAACAACGGUACCUAAUAGCUGAUAAAUACUGGAGGGAAGAUGGUGGAUCAAUACUUUUCUACACUGGUAAUGAAGGGGACAUUAUCUGGUUUUGUAAUAAUACGGUAUGUGCAGAUUUUGUGAAACUCCUGUGCUCAGUUACCUUUUUAUUAUAAUCAAUUGGAAAAAAUCUUUUGCAGUAUAUAUGACCAGGUAUUUCUGUAUUGUGAAGUUCUUUACAAAGUAACAAAAAGAUAAACUCAUGAAUAAUAGAAAAACAGCAAAAGUACGUGAAUAGGCAGUUCACAAAAGAAUAAACACAGAUAUCCAAUAAGCCUGUUCAGCCUUAAAGAAUUACACAUGGAAACAAUAAAAUACUAUUUUUGGAAAAUUGAAUUUUAAAAGAUUAAAAAAAAUCCCAGCUUAUUUCACAACUGAACAAGGAUAUAAGGGAAAGGGGAAUAGGAAUGUUAUGGCAUAUAGUUUAUUAUUAUUAUUAUGGUCUCUGAAAUGUGAACAUAAGGGCAGGAAUUUUUGUUUGUUUGCUCUGUGUUUUAUGCUCAGAUCCAGGACUGUGCUAGGCAUAUAGUAGGUACUCAAUAAAUAUUUGUUAAAUGAAUGAAUUAAUAAAAUCUAAACAAGCCAGUGCAAAUAAGAGAAAAAAAUACAGGUUUGAUUGUCAAAUAGGAAUGGACAAAGAUAAAAUUGCAGCUAUAUUUUAGCUUUCCUGUUCUGCCAUUUUUCUUAUAUUUGUGAGGGUAAAAAAUAGUGUAGCUGUUAGCUUGCUUCCCUGACUAUAUAUUCUAUCGUCUUUUAUAAUAAUGCUUAACUCUGUUAACAAAACUUAAUUUAGGAGGACACCUGAAAGGAAGAAAUUUUCAGUGUGCCAGAGCUAAGACUAGAACGUGUCCACUUUUUAUGAAAAGCUAGUCUGUGAAUUACCGUAAAGUGGGGACUGAAUCUUAUUUUCUCCACUGCCAGUGUCUGGCAUGGUGUCCUGGUAUUCAGGAGGUCUUAGUAAAUGUUGAACUGAACUGCACUGAAAGCAAAGAUAUGAACCCAAUUAUACUGUUUUAUCGCAUUCCAUAUUUCUGAUUAUUUAUUUAGGAAUGUUAAUAAUCUAAAUAUGUUAGUUGCAAAUAAAAUAAUUCCUUAAGAACUGAGAUCCUAGAUAUCUGUUUCUCUUAGAUGAGUGACAAAUGAAAUCAGGACUUAUUUUCCAUCAGAUUCCUGCUCUGUUAUUCUGUGAAACAACUGAGGCUGCCUUGUCUCCCUUUCUCUUUCUCUUUUAUGCCAAGACCAUGGGCAGCUUCUCCUAUCCAAUUAUUUUCCCAGCUCCUAUUCUUUAUCAUAGGUAGGCAGCUGUUCCUGCCUCCACAGACCCCACUGCUCUGACAGGCACUGCAGCAUAAUUUAAGACUUGCUGGGAAUCUCUGACCUCAGAAGUGGUAGAAAGGAAGAGCUACUCAGGGUAGGAACAAAUCCAGGUAACUGAGUAAGGCAGAUCCUUGAAAGACAGAUCCUAGCCCUUUCCCAGCCCUUGGGCACAGCUUCCUUUACAUACUAAAAUGUUUGUGUUGCUUAUUUACGUAUUCUGGACAUUUAUUUGUUGAGAGGCAGUAUAGCAUAGUGGUCAAGGGUGAAGAUGUCAGCCAGACUGAUAAGAUUUAGAUUCCGGUUUUGCCACUGUGCUUUGUGACUUUGAGUAAGUUUCUUAUUCUGUGCCUCAGUUUUCACAUGUUAAGUGAGUAUAGUAAUUUCUAGUUAGUUGACUUGUGAGGGCAGAUAAGAAUGAGGACCUUAGAGCAAUGCUGGCACAUAAUGUUAUUUAAUAUUACCAUGUUACAUGGACCUCUUUUGAAAAAUAAAAACAUCCUGAAAUAGGUAUAGGCAAAUAAUCACUUAAUACAGUUGCUCCCUCUCAAAUCCUGAAGUCAACUCCUCUGGCUUUUUUGAUGGAUGAUCUUACCCUUAAGAAACUCAUAGCCUGGUAGGGUCAGACACACAUGUAAGCAAAUAUUGUAACAAAGUGAUAGAGAUCUAUAUCUAGCACAGUGGUACUGAGAGAAGGGUGUGAUCAGUAAGCCACAGUGGGAGCAGGCAGAGGAGGGCAUCUUGAAGCUGGUGUUACAGGAUCUGUAGAUACAUGGCUGGGAAUGAGCAAGGUGUUAAGAGAGAAAAUGGGGAUUAUUGUAACCAUCACAGAUAUCAGGUUAAAUUCUCCAUCCUCACAUGCAUACAGCUCUUUUAAUUGUUCAUUUUUUGGUCAAGACAAACAAAUAAAAUUUAGAGGUUCUUAGUCUUUGUUAGAGAGCAGCAGCUUAUUAAAAAGCAAUAAUGUGCACUAGAAAUGAUGAGUAGUUUUAAUCUGUGCUAAAUCUAAAUCUAGUCAAUUGAUGCUGGCCACCUAGGAUGCUUUGUUAAGAAGGAUUCUGAGGUCACAACUUGAGGUAGGUGAAAAAAUGCAGUGGUUGGUUAAUGACCAGCAUCAUGUGUGGAAAUAAGGAGGUCUUGCAGCACUUGAUGAUUGUGUUCUGGAGCCAGAUGGCCUGUGCUUGAAUCUUGGCUCUGCCACUUUCUGGCUGUGUGACUGUCAUAGGUUAUUUAAACUCUUGUGUCUCAGAGUCCUUGUCUGUAAAAUGGGGAAAAUCAAAAUGCCUCUCUCUUAGAUUGUUGUGAUAAUUAAGUGAAUUAAUACAUAUAAAGUGUUUAGAACAGUAUCUGACAAGUUGUAAGCAUUCAAUUAAUAUUAGCUAUUGUUAGCUACUGUUUAUCUUCAUGUAAAUAAGAUUAACAUAAAACCUUAGGAAGUCCAGUAUGUUUAUUUGUACCUUUCUCUUUUAUGUUAUAAAUAAAAGUUAUCUGUGAGUAGACAGAUAACUUAGUUAUCUGCAGCUCUUUCCUAGAGUCUUUGGCACACGGUGCAAUUUGAAGGCAAUUUUAGAUAUGCUGAUUCUGAGGCUAGAGCGUCAGAAUAAGGAGAGUUGGAAUGACUGGUAGUUGAGCAACUUGUGCUUAUUUUUAAUUGUUUCACUCUAAUACAGUGUGAGAUUGGUGUGUUAACAAUGAAACAGCAAUUAUAUUGUUUACCUGUAGAGCAAGUAUGAAUUGUGCAACUUCUCAGAGAACUCUUUUUGGUCCAUUUCAUGAGUUGCAAAAAGAUUCAGACUUUUUUCACAUCCUGAUUUUAUCCUGUGAGUUUGUAAAUUCCUCCUAGGGUUUCAUGUGGGACGUGGCUGAGGAACUGAAAGCUAUGUUGGUGUUUGCUGAACAUCGAUACUAUGGAGAGUCCCUACCCUUUGGUGCCAACUCAUUCAAGGAUUCCAGACACUUGAAUUUUCUGACAACAGAACAAGCUCUGGCUGAUUUUGCACAGUUAAUCAAAUACUUGAAAAGAACAAUCCCAGGAGCUAAAAAUCAACCUGUCAUUGCCCUAGGGGGCUCUUAUGGUGGCAUGCUUGCAGCCUGGUUCAGGAUGAAGUAUCCUCAUUUGGUGGUUGGAGCUCUUGCAUCCUCUGCCCCCAUCUGGCAGUUUGAGAAUAUGGUACCUUGUGGUGUAUUUAUGAAGAUUGUAACUACGGAUUUUAGGAACAGUGGCCCAAAUUGUUCAGAGAGUAUCCGCAGGUCCUGGGAUGCCAUUAAUCGACUCACAGUAAAGGGCACUGGCUUGCAUUGGCUUUCUGAAGCCCUUCACUUAUGCACUCCGUUAACAAAAUCUCAGGAUGUUCAGCAUUUGAAAGAUUGGAUCUCUGAAACCUGGGUAAAUCUGGCAAUGGUGGACUACCCUUACGAGUCCAACUUUUUACAGCCUUUGCCUGCUUGGCCUAUUAAGGUAGUGUGCCAGAAUUUGAAAAAUCCUAAUGUAUCUGAUACACUGCUGCUGCAGAAUAUUUUCCAAGCUCUGAAUGUAUAUUACAAUUAUUCGGGCCAGACGAAAUGCCUGAAUAUAUCAGAGACAGCAACCAGCAGUCUGGGAGCCCUGGGUUGGAGCUAUCAGGCCUGCACAGAAAUGGUCAUGCCCUUCUGUUCCAAUGGUAUUGAUGACAUGUUUGAACCUCACUCGUGGAACUUUAAGGAAUUUUCUGAUGACUGUUUUAGACAGUGGGGUGUGAGACCAAGGCCCUCUUGGAUCCCUACUUUGUAUGGAGGCAAAAACAUCAGCUCACACACAAACAUCAUUUUCAGCAAUGGUGAACUAGACCCCUGGUCAGGAGGUGGAGUAACCAAGGAUAUUACAGACACCUUACUUGCUAUCAUCAUCCCAGAGGGAGCCCAUCAUCUAGAUCUCCGAGCCAACAAUGCCUUUGAUCCUGUCACUGUGCUAUUAGCCCGCUCCUUGGAAGUUAGACACAUGAAGCAGUGGAUCAAAGAUUUCUAUGCCAGUCUGAGAAAGAUGCACUGAGUAACUUUUGAUCAUUUUCAGUUUCUUCUUUUAAGUUCAUUCCACCCACAUUUCCAUUCACUUUGGUUUUCUGUACAUCAUUACUUUCCCUUGUUUAUUAGAUUUGAUGUGGCGAAGGUUGAGAUAGAAGAGAACAUGAUGGUGGUGAUAGCAGCCAUCCCAUGACCUGAGUCCUCGCCAUCUUUAUGCCACCUCCAGGAAGAAUCUCUUCACGACAGCUUUCCCAUACCAUCAGUAGCCUUCAUAACUGGAGCAGAGUGUUGACUGCCUUUCACAAGAGGGAGAGUCACUUCCUUUGUUUCUCUGAAAGCAGGGAUUUCUCUUGAUUUUGAAGUUGAAGUCUCUUUGGCCCAUUUGUCACUCGCCCCUCCUCUACUCUCCCAAAAGGAAAAGCAGAAGAUGGAUAAAAAUGAUGUAAUUGCAGCUGGUAGGAAGGAUAUCUGAUGCCAAACCAGGAAAUGGGAGCCAUUUCUUUUGUGCUUGAUUUAAUGACUUUGAACUGUGCUGUAAAUAAAGAAUAGGGCUGGACC